AAAGAAUUUACAAACGCCUUCAUUCUGCAAAUCCUAUGCAAUUAUUAAUUGAAAAAUUAGCGUUCAACUCUUUAGCUUUAAAUUAGUUCUUGAAAGCUCUUACUUCUCUUUUAACACCUUCAUUAAUAAUAUGUGAACACAUAAAUCACAAUUCCACAUGUAACCACUCGACGAGUUGAAAGCACAUGUUGCUUUGUGUGUGGGAGUGUGUGAUAUAUUUCUUUUUUGAAGUUGAUAAUUCUUUCACUUUUCUUAUAAAAUUGCCUUUUUCUUUUUUGCUUUCUUGCUCUCGUUUUCAUUGAAAUGUCGCAGAUGGAUUCCAGCUAUGAGGAGGAAAUUCUAAAUGACAUAGAAAGGCAGCAACGUCUUGCACUUAAAUUGGGAUUUGUUGCUGGCGUAAUCGCUCGCGAAAAGGUUCCUGCUUUUGAGCGAAUACUAUGGCGAGCAUGUCGUGGAAAUGUAUUCUUGCGUUAUGCAGAAAUAGAAACACCAUUGGAGGAUCCACAUACAGGUGAAAAAGUAUACAAAUGCGUCUUCAUCAUAUUUUUUCAAGGAGAUCAACUCAAAACUAGAGUUAAAAAGAUUUGUGAAGGGUUCCGAGCCACUCUGUAUCCAUGCCCUGAAACUCCCCAAGAAAGAAGGGAAAUUGCAAUUGGUGUUAUGACCAGAAUCGAGGAUUUGCAAACAGUUUUGGAUCAGACUGAUCAACAUCGCAAAAGAGUUUUGACUCAAGUUGCAACAAGCAUUCGUGUGUGGUUUAUCAAGGUUCGUAAAAUCAAAGCCAUCUACCACACUCUUAAUCUGUUCAACGUGAACAUUGCUCAGAAAUGCUUGAUUGCUGAAUGUUGGUGUCCAGUGGCUGAUUUGGAUAAAAUUCACUUGGCUUUAAGAAGAGGAACUGAAUCCAGCGGUUCAUCUGUUCCAUCUAUUCUUCACCAAAUGAAAACAAAGCAUGAACCACCGACGUACAAUCGAAACACUCCCCUGACAUCUGCCUUCCAAGGCAUGGUAGAUGCAUAUGGUGUUGCAAAUUACAGAGAAGUCAAUCCAGCUCCAUUCACUGUGAUCACCUUCCCUUUUUUAUUUGCUGUAAUGUUCGGAGAUUUGGGUCAUGGACUCAUACUGUUUUUGUUCGGGUUAUGGUUGGUCAUGUUCGAAAAAAGACUGGAAAAGUUUAAUGACAGCGAGUUUUGGGAAAUGAUAUAUGGUGGCCGUUAUAUCAUUUUUCUAAUGGGGGCUUUCUCCAUUUACACCGGAUUUUUGUACAACGAGUGUUUCUCCAGAUCAUUGAAUAUAUUCGGGUCUGCAUGGAAUGCAAGCGCUAUGGAAUAUACAAAUAAAACCUUGGAUGAUACAACUUUAAAAUUUCUGACUCUCGAUCCUGCGAGGCCAGGUGUAAUGAAGGGGUCAGGGGGACCAUAUCCAAAUGUCACAAGCGACCCCUAUCCAUAUGGCAUGGAUCCCAUUUGGCAACUUGCAGAAAAUAAAAUCACAUUCUUGAACAGUUACAAAAUGAAAGGAUCUGUUAUCAUUGGAAUAACUCACAUGAUAUUCGGUCUUGUACUUAGCCUGCUCAAUUACAUCUAUUUCAACAAACGAUUGAACAUCUGGACAGUAUUUGUUCCACAGUUACUGUUCAUCAAUGCUAUCUUUGGAUAUUUAGUCAUCAUCAUAAUUUAUAAGUGGGCUGCAUGGGGGGCUGAAUUAUCAAAGGAUGCUCCAAGUUUACUCAUCGGCCUCAUCAACAUGUUCAUGUUCAAAGCACCAACUAAUGGAGUAUGGUUAUACAAUGGACAAAAUGGAGUGCAAAUAUUUCUCGUACUUGUUGCUGGACUUUGUGUACCGUGGCUUCUAUUUGUAAAGCCGUACAUCCUGUACAAAAGGAAUCAGCAAAAAGUUAACAGGCACGUUUUGCACGUUGAUCCAGUCAUCAAUCCAUCUGGUUCGUCAUCAAAUCGUGGCAGGGGUACAAGAACCUAUGGUGACGUACGUGUAGCUGUUGAUAUGGAUAGUGACGAUGCACCAAUUAUUCAUCAUGAUCAAUUGGAUGAAGGAUCAGGAUCUUCUGAAGUUGCAGAACAUGAGGAGGAAGAAGAGUUUGACAUGACAGAAAUUAUGAUACAUCAGAUGAUCGAGACAAUCGAAUAUUGCCUGAGUUGUAUCUCACAUACUGCUUCAUAUCUGCGAUUGUGGGCUCUCAGUCUUGCUCAUGCUGAAUUAUCUGAAGUACUCUGGACCAUGGUAAUGCACAUUGGACUUUCUAUACCAGGACCCUUGGGAGUAGUUUUGAAUUUUUUUAUUUUCUGGGCUUUCUCGUGCUUGACCGUUGGAAUUUUAUUGGGAAUGGAAGGACUUUCCGCUUUCCUGCACGCUCUCCGUCUUCAUUGGGUCGAGUUCCAAGACAAGUUCUAUGGUGGAGAAGGCCAUCCUUUCACUCCUUUCUCAUUUGAGGCAAUCGUGGAAGGCAAAUCAGAAGAAGGGAAAUAAUGAAGUUGCAUAUUGAAUAUAGAGUUCCAUGCUGUCGAUAUAACUUCAUAUCAAAUAUAAUAUAUACACUUUCUUUGUUUUGUAUCAUGUUUUGCAGAUGUCAUUAUGCUUUGUUUAUCACAAUACUUUUAUAAAACAAGGGUAAAAAAUACAAAACUUCAGUCUUUUUUGGUAUAAUAAAAUCUGAAUCGAAUCGGUGACUAUGUAAAAUGGCUAUGUAGGAAUAUCUUUAGUUCUGCAAAUAUUUAUAUCUAUAUAUUGGUAUAUUUGUGCAUAUUUACUGGUAACAGUGUUUGUGUUGUUAAAUGUUAUUAACUGUUUGCAAGUUGUUAUUAGUAAUAUUUAAUAAAGUUACGUGGGCUAUGGUAUU